CUCGCGUCACUCGUUGCCUAUGAGAAAGCCAAUUCCGCCGCUUCGUCUGUUAUUCUCUCCCAUAGAAUGAAAUAGAAACAAAUCAAAUCCUUUACCUACAAGCCUUCUCUCCACCAUGCGCCGCUCUUUAUGAUCCCUUUCCUGCAUACCGUCUUUCCCCCCAAACAACAGUGACGAAGCUGAAGAUGGCAGACUUCAGUUCUUCCGGCAUGCUGGUACAGCUCUACACCUACGAUUUAUCCAACGGAUUGGCGAGAACAAUUUCUACUGCUCUGCUUGGGACACAGAUUGAUGCUGUGUACCAUACGUCAAUCGUUAUGGAUGGCAUAGAAUUUGUAUACGACGGCGGUCUGAAGACUAUUGAUCCUGGUGGUAGUCAUCUAGGCAAGCCUCUGCAAGUCAUAGACCUCGGUAUAACAAACUUGCCUAUGGAUGUUAUUAUGGAAUACCUGGAGUCCUUGAGAGCAGUUUAUACAGAGGAAGCAUACGAUAUUUGGACUCACAACUGCAAUAACUUCUCGAAUGACUUCGCAACCUUCUUGCUUGGCAAGGGUAUACCAUCUCAUAUAGCCAACCUUCCUCAAACGGUCCUCAAUUCACCCAUUGGCAGAGCGCUUCGACCAGAGAUUGAUAGAAUGGUACAGCGGCGACAAGGGAAGAAGGGCGGCUUGCUUGGGAUAAAAGACACCACCGAACCUCCCUUGACCGCCCAACAGCGUGCGCACGCAGUAAGAGAAGCAUACUCCAACGCCGAUCUGGAGAAAUACCUUCAAGAGGCCGAGAAAUCAUGCGCAAUGGUAUUCUUCACCUCUGCGCACUGUGCUCCUUGCAAGAAGCUUUAUCCGUUAUACCAACAACUAGCAGCGGAAGCUGCACAUAAGUCUGUUCUGAUAUUGGUAGACAUAUCUAGGACAUUUGAAGUUGGGACUAAAUACUCGAUCAGAGCUACGCCAACCUUUAUAACCUUUUUUCACGGGGCUGAGGAGAACAGGUGGUCGUCAUCAGACCCUUCAAUGCUUCGGAGUAAUUUGGAACUUUUGAUGAAUAUGGCAUGGCCUCCACAUCCACACGAGUCUCUCUUACUUCCGAAUCUACGUGGUGCCAGCACCAAACCAGUCCUCUUCAGCAAGAUGCCGCCUUUAAGAAAAUUAAAGGCUAAGAUGGGGCCCAGUGCAGACGAUGCGGCCAUUUCAGGAGUCAUGCACUUUAUACAGGCUAGAGCGAAUGAAGGGGCCGCAGAGGCCAUGCUGCCAGAUUUGGAUGCAUUUAGUCGUUUCUUACGCAACGCUUCUACCAAACUUCCUGCAGAGGUCAUGUUCACAAUUGUCGAUCUACUUCGCAUCGCACUUGUGGACCCGCGGUUUAGUGGCUACUAUGCCGAAGAGAAAGGGCAUGCCACCAUUGCGCCACUCAUCCAGUACGUCAAUGGCAUUCCCGAUUGCCCAUACUCUCUUCGACUGGUCGCUCUCCAAAUGGCAUGCAACUGCUUCACAAGUCCGUUGUAUCCUAUACACAUCCUCAACUGUCCAACCUUGACGGAACCGAUCGUGCAGUUAAUCACAACCAGCUUGUUAGAUGAUAAGCACCACAAUGUGCGAGUCGCAGCCGCAAGUCUAGCUUUCAAUAUGGCCACUGCGAAUAGUAAGCUGCGAACAGAAGAGCACCUUGAGACCUUACCAGAAGGAGAACAAGUCGAGCUUGCAGCCGCGCUGCUAGAAUCUAUUAGCGUCGAAGAAGGAUCCCCAGAGGCAUUGAAGGGCUUCUUACUUGCUCUUGGACAUCUAAUAUACUGCGCUCCAAGACAUGGGGAGUUGAUAGAUCUACUUAAGGGUAUGGAUGCUCAGGGGACGAUAGCUUCGAAGCAAAAAUUGUUUCCACAGGAAUCAUUGGUUAAAGAAAUGGCGGAGGUGCUGUUAAAGCAUGGUUUAGAAUAGACUUAGAUGCCUAAAUCGUAGAAUUGCC